ACUGGGAAGCCAUUUUGGGAUUCUGCAGUGUGGAAUAGAAAUAAUGUGCUGUCAACUCUCAAACUUCGUUUGAAUUAUUGGGAGGAGAUCACCCAAUCUUGGAGCACAAUGCUGAAUUAAAUAAUUAUUCCUUCUGUGUGGGAUAAAUGAUGCAGAAUUCUGAAACGAUCCAGGUUUGAAGUAUGACUUGAAACAGUGACCAUGGAUUUUUCACACCUUCACACGUAUACCCCUCCCCAAUGUGUGCCAGAGAACACUGGCUAUACUUACGCACUCAGCUCAAGCUACUCAUCAACUGCUUUGGACUUUGAGACUGAACACAAAUUGGACCCUGUGUUUGACUCUCCAAGAAUGUCAAGGCGCAGCUUGCGUUUGUCUGCUACAGCAUACAGCACUUCUAAGGACACCCACAAUGAAGGCAUCUUCAGUGGUGGUAGCAGCUCUUAUGCCGGGAAAAAGGCUUUUUCAGAGCAGCCAUCAAAAAUUACAAAACAGCAUAAAAGUGUGGUGAAACAGUCUGGCUCUGUAAGACAUACCCCAAGAAAAAAUGUGCCCAGCUCGUCCAUGUUUAGCCACAGUAGUUUCAGUAGCCACACAAGUGAUGGGUCCUUCGUGUCAACCAUAUUGGAUGAGUCUUCAAUAAAGGAGCAGACAGCUGUCGACCAUUUCUGGGGUCUCGAUGACGAUGGUGAUCUCAAAGCAGGUGGAGACACCACAGUGAUUCAGGCCAACGGUGACUUAGCAACAGCUGAGAACCAGACUGCACUGAGCAAUGGAUAUACCUGCAAUGACUGCAGUAUGCUUUCCGAGCGGAAGGAGGUCCUCACAGCAUACUCAGCUCCUCACAUGCCAUCCUCAAGAAUUUACUCCAGGGAUCGAAGCCAAAUACACAAGACCAGGGGCCUCCCUUUCUACACAAAUAAGAUUCUGCGAGCGGCCAAGUAUACCGCAACAUCUUUCACAUCACUCAUAGUACAGCUAUUUCAAAUGAUCUUGCUGAAGCUGGGCUAUGAUUGUAAAGCUCAUUCUAAUUACUGUGGAAGCAUGAAUGUAAAAGAAUUUCUCAGGGAAGAUGGCCACCUGGAUAUGAAUGGUGAAUCUUUGUGUGAUGACUGUAAGGGGAAGAAAUACCUUGAAACACACACAACAGCCCACAUGCAAUCCUCAAGGUCUAAAAGAGUAGCAAGGACCAUUUGGCACAUCUUUUCUUACACAGGUUACUUCUUGCUACAUAUAUUGCAAAGAAUGGGAACAGCAGGAUGGUUUGUGUCCAGGAAGGUUUUGUUCCUCCUUUGGCUGGCUGUUGUGUCUCCAGGGAAGGCAGCUGCAGGAAUAUUCUGGUGGCUUGGGACUGGAUGGUAUCAACUUGUAACCCUGUUUUCUUUGCUGAAUGUGUUUCUUCUUACAAGGUGCCUUCCAAAGAUGUUCAGAUUGUUGUUGUUUCUCCUCCCACUAUUGCUGUUGCUAGGUUUAUGCUACUGGGGUCCUGAAGGUUUUCUUUCAUUAUUGCCAGCUUUGAACUGGACAAGCACACGUAAAAUAAACAGCUGGGAAGAUUCUGCAAAGAUCACUGAACCUCACUCUGAUUCAUCUUUUGCUCUUCAACAACCAGAUGAAACCAUGAAGUUCUUUGAUGCAGUUCGUGUGAGAGAGCUGGAAAAGCAGAUGGCUUUUAUGUCUGAGAGAUGGCAUCACCGGGAUGAAGAAUACAGUAAAAUGCUACUUCUGCUGCAAAGCUUUCAAGAUCAAGUUACCCGGAUGAAUGACAACAGUGAAAUGUUGACACUCAUAAGAAACGUAGUGGGCCAGCAUAUUAAAGAAAUGAAAUCUGAUGAGACGGCACGCCCAGCAAAUGACUUUUUGGCCUUGCAUCAAGAACAUGAAUGGCGCAUUGUGACUUUAGAAGACCUCCUUGCAAAACUCUCUGAAAAAUCUGAGGGCAUCCAAAAGGAACUUGAGCUAACCAAAGCACAAACAGUGAGUGACACUGAUGAACAAAACCAGCACCUCUUAUCCAAGAUUAAACAUCUAGAACUUGAGUUGGCUCACAUGAAAUCGGAACUAUUAAGUUCACAGGGCUUAAAAACCUGCUGUGACAGAAUGGAUACCCUUCAUGAAAAAGUAGAUGCCCAGGUUAAAGAAACAGUCAAGGUCAUGCUUUUUGGUAACCAGCAAGGUGACUUGCCAGAAUCACUGCUUCAGUGGCUAACAUCCAAAUUUGUGAGCAAGAGUGACUUGCAAGUUUUGUUGCGAGAUUUGGAGUUGCGCAUCCUCAAGAACAUAACUCUCCAGACGUCUGCUGCAAAUACAAAGUCAACUUCAGAGAUAGUGACAAGCGUUGUGAAUGAGGCUGGGAUUUCAGGCAUCACAGAAACGCAAGCACGCAUCAUUGUCAAUAAUGCACUGAAGCUCUUUUCUCAAGACAAGACUGGCAUGGUUGACUUUGCUUUGGAAUCUGGAGGUGGCAGCAUUUUGAGUACGCGCUGUUCAGAGACAUACGAAACCAAAACAGCAUUAAUUAGUCUCUUUGGAAUUCCUUUGUGGUACUUCUCUCAAUCUCCUCGAGUAGUGAUCCAGCCUGACAUGUAUCCUGGAAACUGCUGGGCUUUCAAAGGAUCACAGGGAUAUCUUGUUGUCAGGCUUUCCAUGAUGAUCUACCCUACAGCUUUUACCCUGGAACACAUACCAAAAACACUUUCACCAACAGGCAAUAUUACCAGUGCACCAAAAGAUUUUUCAGUAUAUGGUCUUGAAAAUGAGUAUCAGGAAGAGGGUGUGCUUCUUGGGCAAUAUAUGUAUGAUCAAGAUGGAGAGCCAUUACAGAUGUUCCAAGUAAUGGAGACCAGUGAAAAACCAUUCCAGAUAGUGGAGCUGCGAAUUUUUUCUAACUGGGGCCAUACAGAGUAUACAUGCCUCUAUCGGUUUAGAGUGCAUGGAAGACCUGCUGAAUGAACACUAUGUACACUUUCCUACUUCCUGCUGUACAUUUUUCUGUUUAUAUGUAUAUAAAGGAAAGCCUGGAACACUGGAAUUCUUAAAAGAUAUAUGAUGGGCUGCAGGUUCCACGUUCCUUCUCAGCCGCCAACAGAAUUGUAUACCAAACCAAAUGGUUGUUUGCUCAGAUACUCAGCUUGUAACUGCCAGAUAGCUUUAUAUUUUUAACAUGUCCAUUUUGAGAAAAAUACUGCAUGCCAAUCACUCUCAUUUGCAAAACCCAGUUAGCAAACUGGUAAAUACCUAUUUUAUUACUUCAUAGUAUAAAGCUUUUAAAAAACUUCUUUUUUUGGCAGCUAGGAAUCUGUUUUCAUUGUUGGGGCUCACCUCCCCCAUUUGUAUAUGAUGAAAAAAUGACCAUGGAUGCAAUCUAGCAUUCUCUUCAGUUAGACGGUUUCCAGUCACUUUAAUGGGGUUUGCAUAAGGUUCUAGCACAAGCCCUCUUCAAGUGCUGAAGACUGUGUGGCACCAGUGGUUGGUGCAUUGCCUCUUUAGACACAUUUUGGCCACAACCUCUCUGACUUUAUGCCACUUCAAAUACUUCAUAAAUUCUUAGCAGUACUUUACACCAGUGCUGUGAUUUGAGAUGGUUUUGUUUUCACAUGGAUUUGUCUAAAUCUCCUAGACUUAGAACAUCUUGCUAAGAUGACAUAAUUUGGUAAGAACAUAUUGUGCUUUAAUGUUACAUACAGCAGGAAGGUAUGGUAACCAGACCGGAAAAACAAAACACAAAAGCAAGCGUUUUAUAUUGAAAUGGCUUAAAAUUGUGGGUUUUUCAAAUUUAAAUGUUCCUCUUGAGCAAGUUUAAGAAUAGCAGUUGAAUGAAUUAGUAUGUUUCCUUGUAUGUUAAAUGCAGAUUUGGCCAGGUGUUGCAGCAUAAGGUCAAAAAGUCUGUAUGCUGAACAGAGGAGGAAGAGGUCUCAUCUGGAAGAAAUGGCUUGGGGAGGAUUGAAUUAGAAGGGCUCACUAGAGUAGAUGCUAUGUGAUGGGAGAUAAUGAAAAAGUAGAAGUGGAACUAGACUUAAAAGGAUGGUGGCAGAAAUGCUAAAUCUCACAUGAGGCGACUUGCAAACAAGGUUCUUCCCUGGGACUUAUUCACACUUUGUUUUGUGCAGUUUACCAUCCCAAGGCCUCAUUGGGUACGCUGGGGUUGCUGCUAAUCUCUGGAAAGCCAGAGGAAACUUCACAAGAUUGAAUGUGUGGAAAAAACCUCAGGGGCAUGAUUUCGACAUCACUUUGCAAAAAACAACUGUUUGUUUAAACACACAAUACCUUGUUUGUGAACCAGGACUGCAGCUGAAUAUGGAACUCGUCACACACCUACAACUUAGCAUUCUUUAAAAUUUAAUUUGGAAAUAUCAUUACAAACUUCCCUUAGGAAAAUAAUUCCCUAAAGCAGUGGUGUGUGGAAAUUUUAUGUUUAUGUUCUGCUUUUUUGGAGAAUCAACUUACAAUAUUUGGUCUUUGGGAAAGACAAGACAGUGCUUAUUUUGGGAAAGACAAGAUAGUUAAUCUAUGUUGCACAAAGAGUCCUCAAAUAUUUAUAAAGUUUUUAUUUCCAAAAGACCAUUUGUUCGUCGAAGUUCAGCUAGAAAUAGAACCAAUGGCCUAUUGAGAAGAGCUUGCUAAAAAAACUGUACAGCUGUUUCGUAAACUGUAGGUUGAAUAUAUAAAUCAGAAUUAUCCUGUAUAAAUCCAAAUGGGGGAAGUUAACAGGGUGGGGAAUAUUUUGCGUAACACUAACUUAUUUUUUAAAGAAGCAAGAUAGGACUUUGUGCAAUGUAUUUUUGUAAAUGCUUUUUCAAAAUAUUUGUCUGAUAUCCUCUGCUGCCUCCAAACAGACAAGAAGCUAUUGAAAAUGUUUUAAGAGUUUUAACUUUUUGAAAAUGCAUGUAAUAUUUGAAACUAAGUAAUAAAAGUUUCUUUUUUUC